UCCGUGCUGCUGCUGGAGGAAGGUGAAGGCGCGGAAGGCGCGUCCAAGCCAGGUUAGGUGGUUGUGGCUGCGGCGGGCGACAUGGACAACGCGGGGAAGGAGCGUGAGGCGGUGCAGCUGAUGGCGGAGGCUGAGAAGCGAGUCAAGGCCUCCCACUCCUUCCUCCGAGGACUGUUUGGAGGAAACACAAAAAUAGAAGAGGCUUGUGAAAUGUAUACCAGAGCUGCUAAUAUGUUCAAGAUGGCUAAAAAUUGGAGUGCUGCAGGAAAUGCAUUUUGUCAGGCAGCCAAGCUCCACAUGCAGCUUCAGAGCAAGCAUGAUUCUGCCACCAGCUUUGUAGAUGCUGGAAAUGCUUACAAAAAGGCCGACCCUCAAGAGGCUAUCAACUGCUUAAAUGCAGCCAUCGACAUUUACACAGACAUGGGAAGGUUUACGAUUGCAGCCAAGCACCACAUCACCAUUGCGGAAAUCUAUGAGACUGAACUUGUGGACAUCGAGAAGGCUAUUGCCCAUUAUGAACAGUCAGCUGAUUAUUACAAAGGGGAAGAAUCGAACAGUUCAGCUAACAAGUGUCUGCUGAAAGUGGCAGCGUAUGCCGCCCAGCUGGAGCAGUACCAGAAAGCCAUCGAGAUCUAUGAGCAGGUUGGGGCAAACACUAUGGAUAAUCCUUUGUUGAAGUACAGUGCAAAGGACUACUUCUUUAAAGCGGCCCUCUGUCACUUCAUAGUAGAUGAGCUGAAUGCCAAGCUUGCUCUUGAGAAGUAUGAGGAAAUGUUUCCAGCAUUUACUGAUUCGAGAGAAUGUAAGUUAUUGAAAAAACUUCUAGAAGCUCAUGAGGAACAGAACAGUGAAGCUUACACUGAAGCUGUGAAGGAAUUUGACUCAAUAUCUCGCUUGGAUCAGUGGCUUACGACCAUGUUGCUUCGUAUCAAAAAGUCCAUCCAAGGAGAUGGAGAAGGAGACGGGGACCUAAAGUGAACAUUUAUGUCUUUGUGGCAUGCAGCUGACUCCUCUUUAGUUUAAUGUUAGGGCCACAUGAUCUUUAUGGGAUGCCCAUUUAAUGGCUUAAUCUGUUCCACAUGAGCCAAACCAUGUGCGUGUAAGCUCCCUGUGUUUGUGUCUUUGUGAAGCAGACAGCUGGGAAGGUCCUGUGCAUAGGUGUGAUAGGCUAUUCCAUGCUCAUAGGUGUGAUAGGCUAUUCCAUGCUCACUGGAGCCCCCACAGGUUUUUGAGACCCACUUCACAAUCUUAUUCCCGUCAUUUUGAUAUUUGCAGAGCCCAUGUUUAACUUUGCCAUGUAUUUUUAUGUCUUUUUCUUCGACUGGAGUACCCAACCUAAUUAUAAUAGAUGCUUUGCCUAUUUUCUAUAAAUUCACAGCUGUACAUAUUCUCUAAGUGUACAUGUUUAGUUCAGGAUGGCUGUUAGGAAUGAGUUUUAUGACUUCACUCAUUAGAAAUUGUUUAUUUGUUGUUGUGAUUCUUUUGAUGGUGCUAGUGACCAGUGUGUUUGCUUUUUUAUCGUUGUGUUUGCUGAUGUGCAUGGGGAAAUUCAGAACAGCCAGGGUCUGCCAACAGUGCUGACUUACGUUGUGAGAAAAGGGAGCUUCCUCGGAGGGCUUAUGUGUAUGGGCGGAUGUCAGGGUGAGUUUGACAGAUUUGUACUUGCACACGUAAGACCUAUAAGAAACAGUUUUUCCUUUUCCUGGAAAUUGUUUCUACUUUUCGUUGUGGUAGAAUCCUUUCUUUAUAAAGGUGAUUUAAUUGUCAUGUCCCUUUUGUUUAUUUUCAUAUUCAGACACUUGCCCACAUUGAGAAGGUGGCUGCUGGCCCCUGCCAUGUGAAUCUCAUCAGAGUCGAGGGUUAUCUAGUCAGAGCUUGAGAGCAGUCAUUAUUUUACCCAUUUAUUAAAUGUGGGGGUAGGUAGGGUAAGUACAGGUGCGGAGGCUUACUGUGGGUCCGGUUGGGGAAGAAGGCCAACCACUUCCAAGGAGGCUUGAUUUUCCUCUUGGCUAAUGGAAUUGUUUGAGCUUGUAUGUUUGAAUUUAGUUGUGUCAUUUUGGUUUACAUAAUAUGUGCUCUGUUGACUUAUGAGCUCUCAUGCUAUGGCUUUAGAUAUGGUCUUAUUUCUUGAAUCUUCUCUGUGCAUAUUCUUAUGCUUAAGUGACUUAAGUUUGACAUGCAUUUGUUCUCAGAGCUAGCUUUGGGGUCUUCCUAAUUUAUUUAUCAUUAAAGACAUAAUGAAAUCACCCUUGUUAGAUCAGAUAGUAACUAGAAUUUGAAGGGUGUUUCAUUUUUAGAUAUCCCUCAGUUGGGAUUGGUAAGCUUUUGCUGGGCAGAAGUAGAGGGUAUGGCCAGGCCAAGGGCUGAGUGAGGAGGUGGUGUGUGAGGGAUGGUGAGCAUGGGGUGAGCAUGGGGAUGGUGAGCAGGUCAGGCUGGGAUGAAGGAGAACAUAGCAAGAAAGGAAGUUGGAAAGCACCAGCUGAGGCCUGGUGGUGGAGGCUGUCCUUCAGGUGGCUGAGCAUUUCCUGGGUGCAGUUGUGGGUUCACCUGUGCAGGGUAGCCAGGUGGAGAGGAAGGUCGGUGAUGGCUGGACAGACCAGAGGCCAUGGACACUCUUGCCUUCAGCCCUGGAAUAUGAUGAAUAUUCCUUCCUUCCUCCAAAGGUCUGGGAUCCUUAGAAGAAAGUGGGCCAUCACUUACGGUACAUUUGGGAACAUGGCCCAUUUGCUACUUUCUUCACUUCCUGUUGGAAUCUCUUAUGAGGAAAUGAUUUGCACAGAGCAGGUUCCUUUGCCCAGUCUGUUCCACAACCAGCCAAAUGUGCUUGUGUGCAAGCGAGGCGGGGUAAGUGUUCUCAUGCUGUGAGUCUGUCCCACCUGGAGAGCAUUUAAAUCCUACAUUGUUUCAUCUCUAGUGUGGAAGGUUUGUUUCACUUGUUAAAAGGGCCUUCUGGCCUGACCACUUAAAGUAAGAACCAGAUGAUUUCUCUUAAGGCGAUUCCUUUCCCUGUGCUUGUGGCCCCCUGACAAGCCCCGUCUGAGGAAGCUGUGGUUUGUAAAAACAGUUGGAGAGUUGCUUAUUUGUGUUGAAGUAAACAUGGGUAUCAGUGGCUGAGUUAAGAAUUUGUUUUUAAAAUUUACAUGAAAAGAGUAAAAAUAAUUGUAAUGGCAAGACCAGAAUUGCCAGAAGAUAAAAGGAAAACAAGAACAGUUCUGUUAACAUUAUCUGAACUUCCUUCUUUUGAAAUGUCCCGUCCACGUCAGGUGGUACCAUGACUGAGAGGCCUGGGUUAGGUUUUCAGGGGUUACAGAAUAUUCUUUAUGAACAAAAUAUAAUGACUAUUUAGGUUCUGGCUCUUGUAUUUUAGCAAAUUGGUGGUUAGUUCAUAGUCCAAGUCAGUCAGAAUUUCUUACAGGAAAGCUUUGCUUUUUGUGGCAGCAUUUUUAUAUAGCUUAUGUGAGUUCCUCCUUUUUUAUUUAAUGAUUUGAAAACAGUAUUUUUGCACAGUUGUGACCGUGCGUGAUGACAUCCUUGUAACCAAAGUGUGUGCAUUUAUUGUCUCCUCUGAUAUUGUGCACUGAAAAUGUCCAAAUGCAAAUCCUUGUGGCUUCCAUCGGAGGACCCGGCAGCACGGCAUGCUGCCCGCGACCCGCCUGCCCGCAGUGUGAGCUGUGGUCCGGAGCAGGCUCCCGGCCGCCACGUGCUGAGCCGGCCACCGCGGGGACUCCUCCCUCGAGCUCUCGGGUGGAGGAUUAUAUUAUGAAAACUAGCCAUGUGACCAUCACUCUACCUUAGCAGAAAGAGUGUGUAUGUUUUACGUCACCCUGUACAGAAAAUAAAGUGGAAAUUAUGAAUAAUA